AUGUCAUCAUAUGACCCGACGCAAGUUUAUUCGGCCACGUACUCUAACGUGCCCGUAUUCGAGUUUGUCACAGUUGAAGGACCAAUAAUGAGACGGAAACUGGACUCAUGGAUCAAUGCCACACAUAUACUUAAAAUUGCAAAGUUUCCCAAAGCACGUCGAACACGAAUUUUGGAAAAGGAUGUCCAGACAGGCAUUCAUGAGAAGGUCCAGGGCGGAUAUGGUAAGUAUCAAGGAACAUAUGUUCCUCUUGAGAUUGGAAAGGAGAUUGCGACUUCGUUUGGAGUGUAUGACAUCUUGAAACCCAUUUUUGACUUUGAAUUCAUUGAGGGGACGUCGCAAACGCCGCCGCCGGCGCCCAAACAUAACCAUGCUUCUGCAUCCAACAUGGGCCGCAAAGCGCUUCUGAAGGUCAAACAGGAGAGUGGCCUCGAUGGUGCAGUGCUUGCCAAGCGCACCAGAUCUGGCGCUGAUGCUGAAACGAGUCCAAAACGUAAAGCGCGCACGAAAAGAGUCACCCUCACUGGACGAGGGAAGCCCGAUAUGAAUCGGUCGCAGACUGUGCCUAUAGAUCAUAGUAUGGGUGGUUCCGGGGGCCCAAGCAUAGGCACGUUUAGUGCUAAGCCCGAGCUGGGGAUGGAGUCGUCUUUCAAGCUUCCACCACUACAGCGACAAGAUACAGACAAAGAUGUCGCGCUGUUCACAGCCAGUAGCAUGAAUGUUCGUAGAGAAGAUUUGGAGCUAGAGCCGGAGAGUGGAGACGAUUUACAUGACCACGCGAAUGCCGACCACAGGUUUGGUAUGAGCAUCCGCGACUCUUACGACGAGGAGUUGAUGACUGGUCGUGAGUUGUUUGGAUCAAGAGAAUUUGCAGCUUCAAAGGAAUCUUUCGAUAGAUAUGGACACCCUGCUAGCCGUGGGUCAGAUUCCACUGUGCCUGCCGCCGUCAAUGAUUUUACAAAACUCCUUGGUAGCGAGUCUUUCCGUUCAUUUCCUUCCCAGCGUCAUGGUCAGCCGCAAUUAAACUCCACAAGUCUACGUGGCGAUCCUGAAGCCAUCGAGUAUUUCAAUGUUCUCCUUAAUUAUCUCCUUGACGAGAAUCCCAACACUCAAAAUGGUCGCCCCAAAGCACUCACUACUUCACUCCCUGAUAAAAUUUUAAACCCUCCACUGCCUCUCAGUCGAAUUAUUAUCGACCAGCCUAUUGAUAGCGAUGGAAAUACCAUAUUCCAUUGGGCAUGCGCAAUGGCGAAUGUGUCUAUGAUCGAGUUUCUUCUAUCAUUGUUUUCCCUGUCCAUAAAUACCCAACUCAAAAACUACCGAGCCGAGACAGCUCUAAUGUUUCUGGUCCAGUUCAACAAUAGCUACAUUUUGAACAACUUUACCUCCAUUUUUGACUUGUUGUUCGACUCCGUACUCUCGACAGAUAGCUUUGGUCGUACUGUCUUACACCACAUUGCUCUAGCUUGUGAGCCUCCAGCAACUGAUGAUUUAACUGCCUCAGAAGCUUCAAUGAUUAAAGAAAACUUUGCAAAAUAUUACUUCGAGGUUGUUUUAGCAAAAAUUGUUAAAUUUCCUGAAUUUCAAGUACACAACGAGAAUGAGGGUGAAGCACCACCUGAGAAUAAAAAAGAUGUGGUAGUGAAAUUCAUCAACCAUCAAGAUAAUGAAGGAAACACUGCGUUGCAUAUCGUAGCCUUUGGCCUUGCUCGAAAGUGCAUUCGUACCUUCAUCAAAUAUCACGUUUACAUUGACUUUGCUCUACGAAACUUGGUGAAUUGCACGAUCGAAGACUACUUAGCCUCGCAUAACUAUGUUUUGCGUCUUGAGGGCGAAAACGAUGAGCUUCUCCCUCUUGUCGGCGGCAUGCUCAAUGGAAACACCAUAAACAACCCAACUUAUGGUGCUCAAAGCUUCGAAUCACAAAUGCUCAGCACACGUCUCGCACUUUCUUUACAAUCUUCAGUAGCGCACCGGAUCACAGAACAAUUGAGCAAACUAUCGUUCCAAAUUGAAAAAGAGCUCAAGGAGUACGAUCAAAAAAUCUUUGAUGUACUCGAAUUCUACAAAUUGAUCGGAAAGGAUAAAAUACAAUCUCAGAAGUCAGUGUUGCAUCUUUUCAAUCUUGACUAUUUACUCGAGGAUGCAGAGAAGGAGUUUGAGAACAAUUUAAUGAGCUCUCAGCACGAUACUAGGUAUUUAGAUUCCAACGAAGGCUCCAAUGACAACAUGAUUCAAGAGGAAAUCAAACGGCUCAUGAAUGACUUGCGAUUUAAGCAUCUCUCGCUAGAAUAUGAGUUUGAGCAACAGUUCAAAACAUACGUGGCGCGGAAAGAGAUCAAGUUACAGGAGCAGCUCCUCAAAGCAGCCGAGAAGGAAAUAACCAUCAAAUCCGAUGCAGAUGAUCAGACCAAAUUGCUGUUGGCGACGAAACUACAGAAAUUGAUCAUAAAAAGGAAGGAGUUAUCAGAAAAGAUCUAUGGUGAGGAAAUCAAGGUACCUUUGGCAGCGCAAUUUCCAGAGGAGUUCAAAGAGAACAGUAUACCUAAAAAUGUCAAAAGUGGUGGAUCUGCAAAUGGAGAGAAUGGUGGCCUGUCGUUGAUCGCUGGGUUCCCAAAGAACGACAACCUCUACAAGUACUGCAAGCUCAUAUCCCUCAGUUGUGGGAUGUCAUUUGCAGAGGUUGAAAACUCCGUCGAUUUGAUUGAGCAAUCACUUGCUAGAUCUGUCAGCAACGCGUGA